GCGUCCUCGCUCUCUAGCUCACGCCCCCGCCCGCCGCCCGCCGCCCGCGCACGCCAGGCAUGAAUGCGGAGACUUGCGUCUCUUACUGCGAGUCGCCGGCCGCUGUCAUGGACGCCUACUACAGCCCGGUGUCGCAGAGCCGGGAGGGCUCGUCUCCUUUUAGGGCAUUCCCUGGCGGCGACAAGUUCGGUACAACUUUCCUAUCGGCCGCCGCCAAAGGUCAGGGCUUCGGGGACGCCAAGAGCCGGGCCUGCUACGGCUCGGGGCAACAAGACCUGGCGCCCCCCAUGGAGAGUGGCUCCGGUGCGCGGGGCUCCUUUAACAAGUUCCCGGCCCAGACUCAGCCUCCGGCCCCGCAGCCGCCGCCACCGCAGCCGCAGCCGCAGCCGCAGGCGCCCGCACAGCAGCCGCAUCUCUACUUGCAGCGAGGCGCCUGCAAGACGCCCCCGGACGGCAGCGUCAAGCUCCAGGAAGGCAGCGGCGGCCACAACGCGGCCUUGCAGGUCCCCUGCUACGCCAAAGAGAGCUCCCUGGGUGAGCCAGAGUUACCGCCCGACUCUGACACUGUGGGGAUGGACAACAGCUACCUCAGUGUGAAGGAGGCUGGGGUGAAGGGCCCCCAGAACCGGGCCACUGCCGACCUCCCCAGCCCGCUGGAGAAGGCUGACUCGGAGAGCAACAAGGGUAAGAAGCGGCGGAACCGCACCACCUUCACCAGCUACCAGCUCGAGGAGUUGGAGAAGGUAUUCCAGAAGACCCACUACCCAGAUGUGUAUGCGCGGGAGCAGCUGGCCAUGAGGACGGACCUCACUGAGGCCCGAGUGCAGGUCUGGUUCCAGAACCGGCGGGCCAAGUGGAGGAAGAGGGAGCGUUUUGGGCAGAUGCAGCAGGUUCGAACCCACUUCUCCACUGCCUAUGAGCUGCCCCUCCUCACCCGAGCUGAGAACUACGCCCAGAUUCAGAACCCGUCCUGGAUUGGCAACAAUGGGGCUGCCUCACCUGUGCCAGCCUGUGUGGUCCCCUGUGACCCAGUGCCUGCCUGCAUGUCCCCUCACGCCCACCCCCCUGGCUCUGGGGCCGGGGGUGUCACCGACUUCCUGAGCGUCUCCGGGACCGGCAGUCAUGUGAGCCAGACACAUGUGGGCAGCCUGUUUGGAGCCGCUGGCCUGAGCCCGGGCCUCAACGGCUAUGAGCUCAACGGUGAGCCGGACCGCAAGACCUCCAGCAUCGCGGCCCUCCGCAUGAAGGCCAAGGAGCACAGCGCAGCCAUCUCCUGGGCCACAUGACAGGGCCCCUCCUGCCCCAUCCCUGUGCCCUCCCCCACCUCGGGGCACUGGCCACACCCAUGCUUUCCAGGCCCCCAGCCUCCCACUCGACUUUCCUCUUAGGAACCUGGCCUGCCUGGCCCAGGGGCCUGAUCCUCAGCACUUUCAGCCGCCCCAAGUCUGAGGCCCCAUGGACUGCUGGCAGGAAGGGAGCAGUGGGCCCCUGCCCCUCCUUGG